UUUCUAGGACAAAGAUAGAUCUUCAAAAAUCAAAAUGGGGUUCAGAUUCACACGUCGACUCCUUACACUGUUCAUUCUUCUAAAUCACCCAACCCCGGUUCUUCCCUCCACUUCGAAUGAGACCGAGCCAACAGAAGAGCCUGAGCCGUAUCUGUACGCCGUGGGACGGAAGAAGCUGAUGGAUGCCCAGUACAGAUGCUAUGAGCGAAUGCAGCAGUUGGCUCCAUACCAAGAAAAAGGUCCAUACUGCAACCGCACCUGGGACGGAUGGCUGUGCUGGGAUGACACCCCGGCUGGAGUGAUGUCCUAUCAGCUGUGCCCUGAUUAUUUUCCGGACUUUGAUCCAACAGAAAAGGUUACAAAAUGGUGUGAUGAGAAAGGUUUUUGGUUUAGACAUCCUGAGAACAACCGAACCUGGUCCAACUACACUCUGUGCAACGCUUUCACUUCUGAGAAACUGCAGAAUGCGUAUGCUCUGUACUACUUGGCUAUUGUGGGUCAUUCUGUGUCGAUUUUCACCUUGGUGAUUUCCCUGGGGAUUUUUGUGCUUUUCAGGAGUCUUGGCUGCCAAAGGGUAACUCUGCACAAGCAUAUGUUUCUGACUUACAUUCUAAAUUCUAUGAUUAUCAUUGUCCACCUGGUUGAAGUUGUGCCCGAUGGAGAUCUUGUGCGCAGGGACCCGGUGAGCUGCAAGAUUCUGCAUUUCUUCCACCAAUACAUGAUGUCCUGCAACUAUUUCUGGAUGCUCUGCGAGGGGAUCUAUCUUCAUACUCUGAUUGUGGUGUCUGUGUUCACCGAGGGGCAGCGCCUGCUGUGGUAUUAUCUCUUGGGCUGGGGGUUCCCACUGUUGCCAACCAUUAUCCAUGCCAUUACUCGGACCCUGUACUUCAAUGACAACUGCUGGCUGAGUGUGGACACCCAUUUGCUUUACAUAAUCCAUGGCCCUGUGAUGGCAGCGUUGGUGAUCAACUUCUUCUUCCUGCUGAACAUCGUCCGGGUGCUGGUGACCAAAAUGAGGGAGACCCAUGAGGCAGAAUCGUACCUGUACCUGAAGGCUGUGAAGGCUACCUUGAUCCUGGUGCCCCUGCUGGGAAUCCAAUUUGUGGUCUUUCCCUGGAGGCCUUCCAACAAGGUGCUUGGGAAGAUAUACGAUUACCUCAUGCAUUCUCUGAUCCACUUCCAGGGAUUCUUCGUGGCGACUAUCUACUGCUUCUGCAACAACCAGGUUCAGACCACUCUGAAGCGCCAGUGGGCGCAGUUUAAGAUCCAGUGGCUCCACCGCGGGGGGCGCCGCCGCGCCCCCAGACGCUCCGCUGCUCGUAUGGCAGCGGCAGCGGCUGUUGAGGUUGAAGAGAUCCCAGUUUACAUCUGCCAUCAGGAGCCGAGGAAUCCGCCCAUCAACAACCUGGGCGACGAGGACGACGGUGCUGAGAUCAUCCCUUUGAACGUCAUUGAGCAAGAGACAUCCGCUUGAAUGUGAAGCUAACCCGCAUCGUGAUCACUGAGCCUUCAUUUCCUGGGGGAAAGAUAGAUUAUGCUUUUUAAGUGAUUCCCAUCCCCCCAGGCGCUGAGCAUAUCAUUUGUGAAGAAUUAUUAAGUGAAUUUGUCCAUUGUAAAUCUGGAGAAAGUUAUUCUUGGUACUAUUGCUUUGGGAGACAGUCUAGGAAUGGAGUCUCCCACUGCAACUUGUGAACUCCAUCAUU